UGGAACAAAUGUUUGGCCUCCCACUGUAAACAAUAACACAAGAGUAAACUCAAACAAACUAACUGGGCCUUUAAAUAAGAUGUCUCUCUGGCAGACACGUUUAGUUGCCUUUGGAUUGUCGAGUUGUAACGUUGCGCCAAAGCGUUCCGCCGCGGAGGAGAUCGCGACGCGGAACUCAUAAGGAUAUUUUUUGGCUUUUGUUAAUUGCCAUGAUGAAUCCUGCAGUUUCCAGCACUUCUGUGUUUCCUACUCUCCCUCUUUCGUCCGUCUACCCUUCUCAGAUCUAUUUAUCACAGCUCCUUUCGUCGUCUCUUCCCGCGACAUACGCGCCGACGCUUCCCGCCUCUCUUUUGUUUCCGCCAUGCAGGCUCGGCGUCGCUGGGCAGGAAUCGGAAGUGCACCAGAAGCCUCCGUUCUCCUACAUCGCCCUCAUCGCCAUGGCCAUCAGGAAUUGUCCGGAACAGAAGAUCACUCUCGCAGGCAUCUACAGGUUCAUAAUGGACAGAUUCCCUUACUACAGACACAACAGACAAGGCUGGCAGAACAGCAUUCGCCACAACCUCAGCUUGAAUGACUGCUUCAUUAAGGUUCCGCGCGAAAAGGGCCGCCCGGGGAAAGGCAGCUAUUGGGCCCUCGAUCCAGCGUGUUCCGACAUGUUCGAGAACGGCAACUACAGGAGGAGGAAGAGACGCCCGAGACAGCCUCUUGCCCCGCCUACGCCGGUGAAGGACGCCAGAGGACAGGGCGGGAGAGUUUGCAAGCCCGGACAGAAGAAGGAGGAACUAGGUCCCGUGGAUGUUCCUGAAGAAGGGGAUCCCAGAGUUCCGCCAAGCCCCGCCUUGAUGGAGGGUGACGGAAGGUUGAAGGGCAAGGCAGGUAGAGGCGACGGGGCAAUACAGUUCGACUUCCCUCUGGCCCUUCCUUUCGGUCACGACAGAGGAUCUCCGGGCGAGGAGCUAGGACACUACGAAUCCCUGAGGAGCUACCUGAAGCCGUCCUGCGUCAGCCAAGAGAUUGUGGAAGAGCCGUGGAGGGUUUCCGCCUUAACCUCGACAAGCCAAAGAAAAGACUCGGAAGACCUCAAAAGACCGACGAUGCUCCCCAGUCUCCAUUGCCUGAAGGAGAGCUUCCAAACACCUUCUCAAAAUAGCAGAUUCAGAGAACCAGAAACGAAAUUGGAACCGUUCCAGAACCGAUGGUCUCCCUUGCACCAGACGCCAAGGACACAUCACGACCGCCUCCACCUCGCCCAGAACCCGUUACCUUCCCUGAGUUCGAGCAGCAGAUCGGCCAGACAGAGGACCCACAACCACCAGAGUAUAUUCCCGGGUGUCCAAGCUCUCAAAAGCGCCGGGGGAACGUGGCUGGAACACGUCGAUCUGUUGGAAAGUAACUCGCUGGUCAAACGUGAAUACCCUGAACUUUUUUCAUUAUCAAAGGGCUUGACAAACCACGAUCUCCAGGGCGCCAGUAAGAAGGGGAAAAGCUUUCUGAUAGAAAACCUUAUCAACUAGUCAUAAAAUAACUCAAAUAUCUGCACCAGGUGAGAUAGAGAAAGGAUCUUACUCAUGUAAAAGGUCAGGUGUACGCCAGUUCAUGAAUUCCAGGACAUGAGUAGGGUCAAAUAGUCAUAAAUCUAUAACCCAAAGGAAACAGAAAAUAAUAUUUUAUUACAUUUAAAGAUUAUUAGAAUAGAUAUAUAAAAAAAUAUCGUAAUUCGUUGAUCCUUUAUACCAUUAAGACUUGUACGUCUAUGCAUGUAAUAUACUUAUAUGCAGGCAUUUAUGUUAUAUUUUUACAUGUUUCUUGCUGUCAUUUUACUGUGUAGCUUUAAACUCUCCGAUGCCAAGAAUAAACAAGACAAAGAAAUUACUGUUCUGUGAUUUUUAGAAUCAUUGGCAAAUCAUAUACAAAAUCACCAAGAACAGUUGCAG